AUGGAUCCCACAGCCUUGGUGGAAGCCGUUGUGGAAGAAGUAGCCUGUCCCAUCUGCAUGACCUUCCUGAGGGAGCCCAUGAGCAUCGACUGUGGCCACAGCUUCUGCCAUAGCUGUCUCUCUGGACUCUGGGAGGUUCCAGGAGAAUCCCAGAACUGGGGUUACACCUGUCCCCUCCGUUGAGCUCCUGUCCAGCCAAGGAACCUGAGGCCUAAUUGGCAGCUGGCCAGUGUUGUAGAAAAAGUCUGUCUGCUAAGGCUGCAUCCAGGAAUGGGGCUGAAGGGUGAUAUGUGUGAGCGCCACAGGGAACAGCUAAAGGUGUUCUGCAAAGAAGAUGGCUUAGUAAUGUGUGAGGCCUGCAGCCGGUCCCCAGAGCAUGAGGCCCACAGUGUCAUGCCUGUGGAGGAUGUUGCCUGGGAGUAUAAAUGGAAACUCCAUGAGGCUCUAGAACAUCUCAAGAAAGAGCAAGAAGAGGCCUGGAAGCUGGAAGUUGGUGAGAGAAAACGAACUGCCGACUGGAAGAUACAGGUUGAAACCCGAAAGCAGAAUAUCAUAUGGGAGUUUGAGAAAUACAGGCGAUUACUAAAGCAAAAACAGCUACCAGGGCGACAGCCGGAGGUAGAGGCAAAGACAGCUCUGGCCAGCCUGGAGCAGGAGGAGGGGGAGACCCUGCAGAAACUGCAGUCGAACCAUGACGAGCUCACCCAGCAGAGCCGAGUCCUGUGGCAAAUGAUUGCAGAGCUGGAAGAGAGGUCCCAGUGGCCUGUCCGCUGGAUGCUGCAGGGUAUUAAGGAAAUCUUACACGGAAGCAAGUCUUGGAGCCUGCAGCGGCCAGAACCAGUGUCCCUGGAGCUGAAGACAGAUUGCCGUGUGCUGGGGCUAAGAGAGAUCCUGAAGACGUAUGCAGCCGAUGUGUGCCUGGAUCCAGAUACUGCUUAUUCCCGCCUCAUCGUGUCCGAGGACAGAAAACGUGUGCACUAUGGAGACACCAGGCAGAAUGUGCCUGACAAUCCCGAGAGGUUUUAACGCUACAACAUUGUCCUGGUCAGCCAGUGCAUCUCCUCAGGCCGGCACUACUGGGAGGUGGAGGUGGGAGAAAGGUCUGAAUGGGGCCUGGGGGUUUGUAAGGAAAGCGUAGACCAGAAGGAGGUGGUCUAUUUAUCCCCACACUAUGGGUUCUGGGUGAUAAGGCAGAGGAAGGGAGAUGAGUACCGCGCAGGCACUGAUGAGUACCCACUCCUGUCCCUGCCAGUCCCUCCUCGCCGGGUGGGAGUCUUCCUGGAUUAUGAAGCCCAUGACAUCUCCUUCUACAACGUGACUGACAGCAGCUCCCACAUUUUCACUUUUCCCUGCUGUCCCUUCCCUGGGCGCCUCCUGCCCUAUUUUAGUCCUUGCUACAGCAUUGGGGCCAACAACACUGCUCCUCUGGCCAUCUGCUCCCUGGACGGGGAGGACUAA